GAUACCUUCCACAGCCACUUUGAUCAUUGACACCGGCCUGGCUGAUGGCUGAUGGCUUCAAUGGCCAAGUAUGCGGCCUCCAGCGGCUUCCUGCGAGAGAAGGAGGUUUGCCGCGUGGCGCAGCUUUCGCGCAGUCACCAGGAGUGCUUCGAACAGGGCCACUUCUUGCUGCACCUGCCCCAAAUCACUUGGAUCUCGUGGACAGGAACAUCGAACAAACGAUGAGCAAGAGGAGCUGCAGGACGCAUCAGAUGUCCAGGCUACAGAAGGAGCGCACACCGCGCGAGGAACUCCUCAGCCGGAUGGCCAGGAAGCUGGCAGGCUGUGUGCGGAAUCCCUUGAUCUCGUUGCACAUCGAGGAGUCACGGGCGCUGGAGGAGUUGUUCGAGCCCGUGCUGAAGGUCCUGAGGGGCGCCAGCCAGUUGCAAAGCUUGCAGCUCUUAAACCUGGCCACGAGCCCCAUCCGCGCCUCCAUGCCCUGUGGGCGAAUGGAGCUGAAGCACAUGCACCAGCUGGUGGACAGCUGUACCAGCUGGUCUGGAGGCCUCACCGAGCUUAGCCUCGCUGCGGGUGAGUGGUCCUGGCACGCUUUGGUGCAUCUCUUCCAUUCGUUGGCGCCGGGCGCGGGCGCGCGGGUCCAGAGCUUGAAGCUGCGGGGUAAGCUUCCACUGGGCCCAAGGACCCAGGGCUUGCCGAAUGGGCAGUAUGUGAGGGUGGAUGCUGAAGAUACUAGCGCCAGAUUGGAGACCGCCCUUCACGUGAAGGACUUCUGCUGGCGCGGCGCGCGGAUCCAUUCCGCCGAGUGUCUGGAACGCUUAAGCCGCGCGCUCCCGAAGGCCACUAUGGUCUUUAAGAUGGAGGUGUGCGGCGUUUUUGCAGGCCCGUCCAGCGAAGAGAUCGCCGCCUUCGCGCAGCUGCGCACGUGGCCACGUCAGGUCUGGACUCGUCCGCACGCGGAGUGGCAGCUGCUGGCCGCCACGAACUUUGAGGAGGCGGACAUGUUGCGUGUCAUGCAGAACUUGUACUUGGAACCGCUGAACGAAGCGGAGGUCUCUGCCGCGAGACCAGUGGACAAUGCCAAUGACCUUGCUGACUUCAUAUAGCAUCUAUUUGCAGAUCGGAAAGAUCUUUGGGGCCCCUCCAGGAUAGGCACCACGAUAUGGCUGCUGGACAAGACUAUAUGAUUCAGACUCAGUGUUAUCAAUCACUAGCUGGGUGAGACAAAGUCACCCACGCAGUGGAAACCAUAUCAACAAGGGUGUGGAAGCUAGCGCC